AUGCACAUAAAUCACCAGCACCUUUAUUUUAGGGCAGAAAUAGAAGAGAAGACAGUCAAAAUAGUGAAGAAUGAGACAGAAACAGAAACAAGCAGGGAGUUCACGUUUGUAAGCAGGAUGUAUCGGGGUAGAAAUGCACAGAUCAUUGGGAAGAGGAACAUGCGCCACUAUAAGUUCAUCAAGGUGGACGAGAAGGAGUUUAGGGGGCGUAUUUAUGAAAUAUACCACUAUAGCGAGUAUUUGGUUAGGGUAUUGAAGUAUGGGCUGGAACACAGGAUGCUGAUUGAGAAGGAGAGUUUGACAGGUGGAAAGGUGAAUGAGGCAUUGGCAAUUCACUUGAAUAGCAGAAUGGGAGACUACAAAAUGAGAGAGGAAGAAAGGAGGAUAAUGGAAGAGUGGAACAGGCUGAGGAUUGAGGGAAGAGGGGCAUUGGAGGCAGCGUACGAGGUGUUGGGGCUCUUUGGAGUCACAGAGGAGGUGCUUGGGCUGCUUGAGAUUCUCUACACGCAGGGAGUGGUGACUUCUCUUGAUUUGAUGCAGGCACUAAACAGGUACGAAGCAAAGAAGGAGACGACUGGUGAUAAAAAGGUGUUCGUCCACUCUGACACACGUGCAUCAUAA